GCCACCAGGGAGGGCCCCAUCUCAGUUUUAAUCCCCGUGGGUUUCCCAUCACCAAAUCACCCGUAUGCAGGGUGGUGACGUUUUUAAAGCAUAUUGCAAUAUUCCACCUGGCAACUUAACAGUUCCCUGCCCUCUGGGAUCUCAAUGCCAAUUGUGACUCUCUUCCUACUCCAAAUUAGCAUGCAGUAAAUAAUUAUUCUAACCACCUGAAAGUGGGAGAAGUGGCUGAGGUUGAAGUCAGAGGAAGAGUAAACCUAAUACGGUAAAUUGCAUACAACAGAUCUGUGCAUCAUCAUGAAUAAUUAGUUUUUCCACUGGCCUUGAAAGUUUGAGCAAACACUCAGAACAUUUUAACAAUCCUAAUCCCUCCCAAAGAGUGGGUGGUUUUAUUUGAAGAUCAUUCCUCAGUUUUUCUUAGCUGAUCACCAUAUAGCUUGUUCAUUUCAAAGCUUUAAAAAAAUGCCAGGAAAGGGAAGAGAGAAAAGCUAAAUAACCCAAUAAGUUUGUACCUAAUGAGGACAAAUUGGAUAACUAGGUUUUUGUCAGCUGUGUGAUAUACAGCUGAUAAAAAGUUCAGCUAGGUAUCCUUGAGGUCUGAUUACAGAGUGGCCCUAUUCUACCCACACCUAACUUUUAUUUAAGAGAUUAAACAGGGCACUUCCUGGCUUUGAGGAAGAAGACUGCCAUGGGGAAAUGUGGUCCUUGCUAGUUCUUCCAAGCCAUGGCAUCUCCCAGCAAAUUCUUUAUUUGGUUUUACUGUUUUGCCUGGCUUUGUUUUUCCAUUAGCCUUGGUUCACAGGCUUCUAGGAGAGAUGCUCAUCUUAAUUCUGAGUUGGAAUCUGGAGCCCAACCUUGGUCCCUGCUACAGCCUCCAGAUGGGAAAGGCAGAUCUGGUCUCCUUUCUCCUCUCUUCAAGGUUCUGUAUGAUGGGCAAGGUGGAGCCCCCAGGCUCCAGCCUGACUCCAGAGCUUUGCGCUACAUGAAGAGACUCUAUAAGGCAUAUGCUACCAAGGAGGGGAUUCCUAAAUCCAACAGAAGUCACCUCUACAACACUGUUCGGCUCUUCACCCCCUGUGCCCAGCAGAAGCAGUCUUCUGGGGACCAGGUGACAGGAGCCCUUUCAUCAGUGGACCUGCUGUUUAGCCUGGAUCGUGUCACUGCUGUUGAACACUUGCUCAAGUCAGUCUUGCUAUACACUUUCAACAACUCCGUGUCACUCCCCUCUGCUGUUAAAUGUUUGUGCAACUUGGUGAUAAAAGAGUCAGAAUUUUCUAACAAGUCUCUCCCCAGAGCUCCAUACUCACUCACUUUUAACUCCCAGUUUGAAUUUAGAAAGAAACACAAAUGGGUUGAGAUUGACGUGACCACUCUCCUUCAGCCUUUAGUUGCCUCCAACAAGAGAAGUAUUCACAUGUCUGUAGAUUUUACCUGCGUGAAAGACCAGCUUCAGCGGCCUUCUGCCCAGGACCGUCCGUUUAACUUGACUCUUCCGACACCCCCUUCCCUGCUUUUAUAUCUGAACGACACAAGUGCCCAGGCGUAUCAUAGGUGGUAUUCUCUCCACUAUAAAAGGAGACCCUCACAGUGUCCUCACCGGAAGAGAGUUCUGCCUGCCUAUUCCAAGGAAGACGGGACUUCUGAGGGUGUAAGAUCUUCGCGUCACCGGAGAGAUCAGCAGACUGUCAGCUCUGACUUGAAAAAGCCUCUGGUUCCAGCUUCUUUCAAUCUGAGUGAAUACUUUAAACAGUUUCUCUUUCCUCAAAAUGAGUGUGAGCUGCAUGACUUCAGAUUGAGCUUUAGUCAGCUGAAGUGGGACAACUGGAUUGUGGCCCCUCACAGGUACAACCCUCGGUACUGUAAAGGGGACUGUCCCCGGGCAGUGGGGCAUCGGUAUGGCUCUCCAGUUCACACUGUGGUGCAGAACAUCAUCUAUGAAAAGCUCGAUUCCUCAGUGCCAAAACCAUCCUGUGUACCUGCCAAGUACAGCCCCUUGAGUGUUCUGACCAUUGAGCCCGACGGCUCAAUCGCUUAUAAAGAAUAUGAAGAUAUGAUAGCCACCAAGUGCACCUGUCGUUAAGAGGGUCCACUAAACGAUGACCUUGAACCUCCGGGGCAGAGCGAAUGCCAUGUUCCUGCCUAUGUGUUCAAGAGAAAGUGUUGGGGCAUGUGUUGUAUUUGAGCGCCUCUAUGUCCUCUGUCACUGUAAAGGGUAUACCAUCGGCCUUUUUUUAUUUCCAGUGCAAGUGAAAUGUGUUUAUUUAGGAGAGCUUUAACUUUUUUUUCCCUGA